GCGCUGCCCCCAGCUCGCAGCAGCCGCCGCCAUGGCCUUCUGCACCUUCUCCGGCGAGGAGGUCUAUCGGAGCCACUUCGAGCCGGGUAUAUACAUCUGCUCCAAAUGCAGCUAUGAGCUGUUCUCCAGCAGGUCCAAAUUCACUCACUCAACCCCGUGGCCAGCUUUUACCGAACCUUUGCAUGACAACAGCGUCUCCAAGUACUUAGAAAGUCCGGGGGCCUUCAAGGUCUCAUGCGGCAAGUGUGGCAAUGGUCUUGGCCACGAAUUUAUCAACGAUGGCCCAAAGAAAGGCCAGUCUCGCUUCUGAAUAUUUAGCAACUCUCUCAAGUUCGUCCCUAAAGACCAGGUUCAGAAGAACUAGAGGGAGUAAACCAGCUAUGACCCACCCACACUGCAUCUAGUGGAGCCGUCCGUGAGACACUUUGACAUGACCCUGCUGCAUUGUGUGGGAAUCUCUUUCUUUCUCCCAUCCUAUCUUUUUUUAAAAGGCAGUCAGCAAAUGAGAAAAUCAAUGAAGACUCUUGUCAAUUUGUGAUAUUUUUUUUUUUUACAAUGGCUGAUACCACUUGCUCAGGAGGGUAAUUGCUCCCUGCUGCGUUUACGCCUCCCAUUUUAACUGUGUCUAAUUUGGCAUCUUCUUCCCAUCAGCAGGAAGCCCCUGCCCUUUUCCUCGGUCAGGUGUGAGACCAACUUGCACCUGCGACCGGAUAGAGAGGCCUGGAUGUUUGCUCGACUCUAAGCAGAGAACUGUCCGUCUCUGCAAUGCAAUAUCCCUGAAGAGCGCUUGGCCCUGAACCGAACUCAGUCCAGAAUCAGUUCGCAGAAGCCAGCAGAACAGCGCUUGAUCUAAGGUGGAUUUCAGAUGCCACAAAACCCUGCCUAGCUAACCCUCCCCCCAUGAGAAGUACUGUAAGCCCUCCUUAGCAACUUGUAUUCCUGAAGGCUCAUUUUGAGAUGGGAAUGAGAUGUGUUCAGCCAGCAGUUUAAACUCCACCCUCCCAGCAGUUUGCUACCAAGUUCUGUUGCCACAGAUGUAUUUUUUCCUUCACCUCAGGAGCCUCAGAGAAGUGCUGCAGGUUCCUGGUUAGCAACUUGCAUUCUGAAGGAGCAGGAGUCACAAGCUUCAAGGGGUCCGGGAGCCAAUUUGCCCUCCAGGACCCUGUCGGUAGCGCUCUCACACAGAAGAAGCUUUACUGAGGAAAAAAUUAGCUUGAAGGCAAGCUAAAUUUGUCCUCGGUAAAUCUCCGUAGUGGGUUGGCACUGAAACUUGGCCAUGGCUAGACGAGGGGGUUGUACGGUGACAAUCUCGUGACUUUAUGAACGCAAGAUUGUCACCCUGGUCUAUAUGUGGCACACAACAUGGUGGUCGCUUUUUAAAAAAAAAAUGAGAAGGAGUGCUCGUGCGCAAACUGGUGAGUUUUAAAAACAAACAAACCUUGUCCACCCCACCCCUGUUCCCGGUUCCCAGUUCCUCGCAAGGAGCCAGGAUAAACCGCGACGCCGGCCACACGUUCUGUGGUCUUGGGAUCAUCCCGAGGCCACGGGAAAAGUGCAACAGAAGGGUAGGACGAUAUCCCGAGGAAAGGGAGGAAUCAUCCCUCCCAGCUCCUGGGAUGCCCUGUGCGUCAUGUGGACGCACAGGGACAAUCCCCAGGAUAUGGCCCCGUCUAGCUUUGCCCUUGGUAGCAAACCGGCAAUUUUUAAUAUUUCCUUUCUGACUUUUUGUAGGUGACUGGAGGCCUUAAGGGCCACACUGGGGGAGGUGUUGUGUGCUCUAGAGGCCCAGGUUUGGCCUACGGGCCUCUAGUUGCCAGUGAUCAUGAGUACACAUGGUUACUCAGGAGAUAUGCAGUGUUCCAGACCACUGUGGUCCAGUAGUUGUGCCCCAGUAACCUCUCUGAAACUUCGUGGGCUGUUGGACUGUACUUUUCAGGACGGCAGUGCCGCUCCGCGGAUGCCCUUAAAAACACAGCUGCUCCGAGGAACCUCUUCUGUGGUUGGGCCAUCCUGAUCACCUCCUCAGAAAUUCCCUCAUAUUGUCCCACGCCACCCGAUGACCUUGUCCAUCCUUGCCUUCUGUUGAUCUUUCUUUUAUUCAUGAGCAGGAUGUUGUGGCGUUCGAAACCACAUUCUAGCCUAAAUGACUGAGUUAUCCCCCCUCCCCAAUCCAUUGCUGUGGAGCAUUUUCUGGCGUGGCAUCAUUGUAUGAAUUGCCCCAUGUAAACCCUUCCUGGGGAGCCGGGGCGAGGAAGGCUAUAUGAGCUACCUGGAAAAUGCUCCAGGUAUUUAACAUUGGGUUGCCAAUAUUUUUUGUCUGGUAGGGCUCUCAUGCUUUUUAACGAUGCUUUCUCGAUCAUGUAUUUUUUGGCCAGGAAAAGUUUAAUCUGCUACAUUUCUGCCUGUGAGGCAGCUGUUAAAAGCACAGGAGCUCUCUCAGAGAACAAAAGCUGGCAGCCUAGUUGUGAUUUUUUCCCCAUACAAUAGAAGUGAUUGUCUAACUUUCUUUUUUCAGGUUGAGAAACAAUUCUGACAUCAGUUUGUACCAUUUUAGUUGCCAUUGUAUGUGUGUUCAGUAUAAGCAGGGGCCAAUAACUCACAUUUCUGAUGCCCUAAUUUUAAAGUAACAUAUGAAAUGAAGAUCUGCCGGUCUCACACGUGCCGAGUUUGCUGAAUGCUAGAAGUUAACUACGGUUCCUGGACCGUUUUUCGGAUGAGAGUCCCCACUUUGGCCAAAAGAGAGAGAGAUGAAUCAGUACGCUGCUUACUCUCUUGCAGCCCCUAUGUUUAAUGAACAUACACACUGGUUCUUAACUUGGCAGCAAAAUGCCUCCAGGUGCACAGGAGGUCAGAAUGUAGCCUAUCGCAUGACAUUUAAUAUUGCUCAGGUAGCUAAAUGUUGGAAACCUACAUUACCUCUCGAUGUUCCAAGGGCUAAUAAUGCAUUGGCUUGAAACAGCCAGCAUCUGUUUCUUCCUCUUUGCCUUGCAUCGCAAUGAUCUUCCUUCCUUCUUGCAAAACGGGCCAGUUUGACUGGCCUUUCCGCUGUUGACUGACACUGUGAAUGUCUGCUGAAGGCCACUUCUACGGACUUAGGUUGUAGGUGAGCAUGAGUUUUUCAGAGAGAUGAAAGUGGGGUAGUGUUCACAUACAACCAAAGAACCCUGCACAGCUUGGGAAACAGAGGUGGCAAUGAGAUGAAAUGCAAACCAGAGACAACAGUAGGCCUCUCUUGCCACCUGCAAUUCUUCUGCCUCAGACUGGUUUAGCAGCCAUGACUUCUUUCAAAGACUCUCUAGCAUUUGUAGCCCUGCCAGACGGCUGAGAAUUCUCAGCACCUCCCUGAUGCAAAUUGUUUGGUUUAGGGAAACCGUGGCAGCGAAAAUUCAGCCUGCAUAUAGAUGUGGUCUCUGUUGUAAAUUGGUGACAAUCUCAUCUGUAUCCUUUGGAUUCUGCCUAUUCUUCUGUCGCCAAAGUCAGCAGGAACUGCAGGUUCAAACAGAAUGUACACGUCCAUCUUUGGCUACUUCCAUGUUCCACUGGCUCUCUUCAGAGAUGGUUUCCUCCUUGCCUGUGCUAGUAGCUGUGAGCAUGAUGUGGAUCAGGCAGAGCACGGCAGGGAAGGGCCUGGCUUUAGCCAAUCUGUUGAGCCUUCCAAAGUGGAGCCAAGCUGUAAUUGUCACGAACUGCCGCUCGGAUGAACCCUUAGAGCAAAUUUAUCCAAUCUGUUGAAUCAGGGUAAAGCUUUUUCUGGCCUGGAUCUCUUCAGCCGGCACCUGUGGGGAGGGCUGCAUGUUUAAAAGGUGUCCUGUAUAAAAAGGUAACAUUCCUGAAAGUGGGGAAAGAGCAUGUCAAGGAGAAGGGGUCACCGCCAGCUCCCUUAUUUUUUCUCCCUCUCACAAAAUACCAGAACCCAAUGGGGUCAUAUCCCAUGAAGCUGAUGGGUGGGAGAUUCAGGACAGAUCAAAGGAAGGACCUCUUCACACAGCGCAUGGUUAAACUAUGGAAUUCACUACCACAAGGUGUAGUGAUGACCACCAAUUUGGAUAGCUUUAAAAGGGGGUUGGAUAAAUUUCUGGAGGAGAAGGCUAUCAAUGGCUACUAGCCCUGAUGGUUGUGUGCUGCUUCCAGUAUCUGAGGCAGUAAGCCUGUGUGCACCAGUUGCUGGGGAACAUGGCUGGGAGGGUGCUGUUGCACCACAUCGUGCUUUGCUGGUCCCUGGUUGACGGCUGGUUGGCCACUGUGUGAACAGAGUGCUGGACUAGAUGGAUCCUUGGUCUGAUCCAGCAUCAGGGCUCUUCUGAGGUUCUUAAGGGGUUUCCUUCUGCCUGAUAAUUGUUUUCUACCACCUGGGACGGUUUAAUAUAACGGGAAGCAUUCAAAUAUGCGACUUUCCCACCUGCAGCCAGGAAAAGUUUUAUUCCCUGGUUAUGCUGAUGAUGUGAAACUGGGUUUGGAGACAGUCGUUUUGAAGAAAGCUGGAGGAGGCAUCACAGGCAUUGCUCUUGCAUCCUACUGAUGCUUCUGCUCAAAAGGAUUUGGCAAGUUUAUUAAACAGUAUAACACGUUUAUGGAGAAAAACUGUUUUAGCAGAGGCAAAAGUGGGGUGGAUGUACUCACUAUGAGCAUGUAUAUCUGUCUCAAGUUUCAACUCUUUGAAAAUAACCAUGUUUAUCUUCAGCCUACUCUUAUUAAUUAGCCUAGUAAAUGUUUUCAAGGUAAUUCUUGAGCUUGCAAAAGAGAGGUGUUGUAUCUCAGCUGUAUAAAACCCAAAGUGGGGGACUACAGCUUGUUCAAGGCUUCAGUGAAUCUUUGCAGUGAAUGUCCCAUUUCAUUAUAUUUCUAUACUGCCCUAUAACCAAAGUUCUCUGGGCAGUUUGCAAAGAUUAAAACCAUAAAGGUACAAAAUGAUAGUGCUCACACCUAGCUCUGUUGUUGGUUAAUCCGCACUCUGGGAGCACGUGAUGAACUCUCCUCUGCCCGUGUUGCCUCCUGUGGCAGGCCCAAGGGGAAGGAUUUGUGAUUUCAAAAAUCCAGCUUUGAAUGUACUGUUCCAACUUAGCCUAUGGGCUUGGCUGUUCUUAGCCCACCUGUGUAAAUAUGGAUCCGAUCAACAUAAUAAUAAUAAAAAAAUCUUGGAAGCAAAAGAGUACUUUGUUCUAUUUGUGAUAUAUUAUUGAAAUGGGCCA